AUGUCAAUAACAAGAUAGAAUCAUCGUUGUAUGACAAGUUUUAAGAAUGUAACUUUUAGAAGUGAUUAUCGUUAAUUUUCUUUGUCAGAUCCUAGGAGAUUAGAAAUGAUAGUAAAAUAGUUUUCAGUUCCUUAUUAACCAAAGGGUGCUUCACUAUCUAAAAUUAAAAAGAAGGUUGAAAUACAAAAAUAUUGCAACAUUGAUUUGCGUAAAAGGUCAAUUACUUUAGAAGCUGUUCAAUCAGAUAGAGUAUAAAGUAAAGAAGAAUCAUCAUCAAACAAUGAAAGCACAUGUUAAGAUAAAGGAACUUAUAAAUUAAUGCCUUAAGUUCAAACAUAACGUUAAAUAAAACCCUCUAUUUAAUCUCAAUUCUUAACUAAAAUUCUGAAAGAAUCAAACAAUAAGAAAAUAACAUAACCAAAAUUUAUAUUAAAAAAAAACUAAGUUAAUGUUCUAACAAUAUAAAAUAAAUGA